UCAGGGCCCCUCAAUGAGAACGGUGGUGACUGUGGUGUACAGCUGCAGAGAUGCAAGACGCGGAAAAACAACGAGAGGGGGCUGGAAAAUAAUCCCAGAAAAUAACUGAUCGGAGAUGGUUCUGGACCCUGAAGAACUCCGGGAUCUUAGGAGAUAAAAAAAAGCGGUACAGGGACCUCGGAUCGCUCAUUGAUCCUCUAACAGGAGGAGGGGGGGCCGGGAGGGGCCGAUCAUGGGGAACGAAGCGAGCCUGGAAGGAGGCGAGGGGCUGCCGGAGGGGCUGGCUCCUGACGGGAAAGGUGGUUUCAUCAGGGUUGCUGAUGGAAGUCCCGUCAACCUGAACGAGCUCAGCGAGGAUGACAGGAGGCAGAUCUCCGCUGCCAUGGCCAGGGCGCAAGGCAGGCAGCCGGGAGGCACAGCUGCUGCUGCACGAAGACCUUCAGCCUCUGAUGCGCAGCAGGUAGGAGCCUCCAGGGGCCCAGCGGGUCUCAGUAAGAGCCGAACUGUUGACGCCUUCAACCAAGGUCCACCUGGCAAGCCCACACCAGGUCGCAGCCCUUCAUCUCUCAGUCUGUUUGAGUCUAGAUUUCGGCAGGAGCCCAAGUCUGAGACUAAGUCAUCCGGUAUGUUUGGCUCCAGUUUUCUCAGCGGGGCAAACCCGCUCAGUGCCAUGACUUCUUCGGUUUCGUCCUCAUUAUCGUCUAUGGGCGAUGCUGUUAACAUGCCCAAGUUUGGCCUGUUUGACGAGGAAGGAGAUGCAUCGUCACCUUCUGAUUCCAACAAGCAGGGAGGGAAGCAGCCAGGAAAAGGCCCUCAGCAAGGACAGGCUCCAAAGGGCCCGCAGCAGGGAGGACCUCAGAAACAGAGUCAAGGCCCUCCUGGGCAGGGUGCAAAGCCAGGACCCCAAGGUCAAGGGGCAAAACCAGGACAGGGUCCUUCUGGUCAAGGACCCACUGGGCAGGGACCUCGGCAAGGUCAGGGGCCACCUAGUCAAGGACCCCCAGGACAGGGACCUAGACAAGGUCAGGGGCCACCAGGUCAAGGACCCCCAGGACAGGGACCUAGACAGGGUCAGGGACCACCAAGUCAAGGGUCAAAACCAGGACAGGGUCCUCCUGGUCAAGGACCCCCUGGACAGGCUCCAAAGCAAGGGCCAGCAGGUCAAGGCCCCCCAGGGCAACAGGCACCAAGACCAAAUCAGAGUGGACCUCCCCAGCAAAAAAGUGACCCACAACAGCAAGGACAUGGAAAACAGGGACCCAAGCAACCAGGUCGUCCUGAUGAGACAAGAAAAAAUGCCGGUCAGCAGGAUGCUGGAAAGCCAACAGGUGGACUUUGUCCAUUGUGUAAAACCACACAGCUAAACACAGGAUCCAAGGACCCACCAAACUACAAUAACUGCACUGAGUGUAAGAACCAGGUCUGCAGCCUCUGCGGUUUCAGCCCCCCAGACUCAGGGGGUAAAGAGUGGCUAUGUCUGAACUGUCAGAUGCAGCGAGCGAUGGGAGGAAUGGACCCCCCUGGCUUGGCAAAACCCAAGCAAGGUUCGGCUCCGCCUUCUCCCCAACGGCAGGCGUCUGGCAAGCCUGGAAAGCUGCUAAUAAAACAGCAGAGCACCAGUGACCAAGGGUUAACGCCACCAACCACGCCUAGGCAGAAAUCUCCAGGCGCCUCCUCUCCAGGACCUUCUUCUCCGGGGUCCUCCCUGGCAGGAUCCCCAAAAAUUGACCCGAAGACUGGUCGCCCUAUCCAGCCAAAGUCCAGUCCCCAGCAGUCUCCAGCUAAAGCGAAACAGGAAUCUAGCUUCUUUGGGGGGUUGGGGGGUCUGAGUCUCGGAGGCCUCACAGAUGCGGCCAAACCUCCUGCCGCUUCUUCUCAGGCUGCGGAGUCUGUUACAGGGAAACUGUUUGGUGGGUUUGGUGGAUUAAUGGAGUCCUCAAAGCCUCAAGUGCAGGGCGCACCAAAACAGGAGGAGUCGGUUGCUGGCAAGUUGUUUGGGGGUUUUGGAGGACUGACAGAAACUGCCAAACCUCCUGCUGCUGCAAGUCAGAUGUUCAGCUUUGGGUCAACUCUCCUGAGCUCAGCCACCAAUCUUGUUUCCGGAGAUGAUGGUAAAGAACCGGAAUCUCCACCUGGAUCACCACCAGACUCUCCAUUCUCUGCCCCUGGAUCUCCCCCAGAUUCAGACUCCGCCCCUGACACCCCACCUGCUAAGUCCAAGAAACCUCCCAGAACCACUUCUACAGAGGUGGAAGAGAAAGCCCCAGCAGAUGAGUCAGGUCUUCCUCCAGCCACAUCGGCCAAGGGAAACUGUCCUCUCUGCAACAUGGAGCUGAUCAAAGGAACAGAAGGUGCACCAAACUACAAUCUGUGCACCGAGUGCAAGAAGGACGUGUGCAAUCUCUGUGGAUUCAACCCUACUCCUCAUUUAGGAGAGAAAGAAUGGCUUUGCCUGAGCUGUCAGACCCAAAGAGCCAUGUCAGGCCAGCUGGGGGAUGUUCCAACACCACCCAUGACGUCUCCAAUGAAGCAACCACCUGCUCCUACUUCUACCCUCACCUCUACCCCUGCUAUUGUAGAUAGCAAACCUGUUGUAGAAGCUCCAGAUGCAACCCCCCCAACCUCUGAGACCAAGGUAGAACCUGCAACCGCACCUAAUAGUGAUCCAAUUUCCCCUAAACCUAGCCCCUCCGAUCCUGAGAACAUUCCUAAGGAGACCCCUCAGUCAGAAACCCAAACAGAGCAAACGGCAAAUGAUUUAGUGUCUGAGAAUGUAAUUCAUCCUGAGGAAAAACUUCCAGAUUCAGUUAGUUUGGCUGAGAGUACACAUGAAAUCCAAGCAGGUGAGAAACAACAGGACAGCUCAGGGAAAACAGAGACAUCUGAUUCUGAUCAACAAACACAGAGUGCAAGUGUCAGUGAAAUCCCAGCAACCGAGCAGCAACAGAGUAGCUGUGAGAGCGCAGCAGCAGCAGAUCCUCCUCAUCUUGACAUGCAGACACCGAACACUGAGCAACAAGCACAGAGUGCACUUGUCAGUGAAGUUCCAGCAGGUGAGGAACAGCAGAGGAGUUUUGAGAAAAUGACAGGAGACAUUUCGAACCCUGUAGAGAGAGACACACAAAAUCGGAUAACUGAUGUAGGUUUUGACAAAACAACAGAGUCUGCUGAAGCUAAAACUGAGCUAAAUUCAGAGAUUAUCCAGAAUGAAGGUGCAGUUCCUCUGGCAGAUCACGAGAAAGUAGAGCAUAUUCCCGAAAAACCUCAAGAAAUGACAGCAAAUAUGUCAGAGACUUCUUCUUCUUCCUGUAUGGAAACUUCUCAGGAAGUAGUUGCUGCUCCAGUAGAUUCUACAGAUUUAAAUAUGAAUGAAGAGAAUCAAACAAGCAAACUACCAACAAAUAAUUUCCAAGUCGCUUCUGCAGAUCAAUCUCGAGAGGAUUUGAAAGUCAAUGAUGAGAAAACAGAAGUUACACCAGAACUUGGGGUCAAAAGUGAAACAAUCUGUGUGACAAAUGAUGAUAGGACAGACAUUACUGUAGCCUCUGCUAACAAAACUGAAACAAAGGAGCAGGAAGUGAAACCAGAACCAGUUGAGCGUGCAGAAUCUGAAAGCUUUUCUGCAGAAAAACACUAUUUUACAAAGGAUGAUGGUCAGUCAAAUGAAGUAGAAAACAAAGCCCCCCCAAAAGAAAACAGUAUGGAAAGUACUCCUCCUGUUUCUGUGGUUGAAGGAAACUCCACAACCCUUGAAAAGGUAAAUCAGGAUGCAGUUGAAGGUAAAGAUUCUGAGAAAUGUUGUGAUGGCCUUGAAGCAGCAGCAAUGGAGAAAGAGUCUGGAGAUGCAAAGGAGGAAGCAUCUAAGAUAGAAAGAAAGGCAAAUGCAGAGAUUGAUACCAAAGUAACCAAAGCUGAUAGAGAAGCUCUAGAAGAGAAAGAAACUAAUCUAAUACAACAGGAAAAUAAGCAAACAUUUGAGGAGGAGGGAGUGAACAAGGCAGGCUCAAGUACUGGAGUGAACAACACUGAAACAGGAAGGAUGUCUGUUUUAUCUGAGAAAAAUGAGUCAGAAAAAGCAGAAGAGCCAAUUCGGAGCAUCCCAGAGGAAAUGCCAAAAGAACAGAUAAAUGAAGAGAUAAAGCCAGGGAAAUCUGAACUUGCUGCAGAAAGCCCUUCUGAGGAAGUAUUGUUGUCGGAAAAGUCAAAGGAAGCAGAUAAAUCAGUGUUCAUAACAGAAGAAGGAUCCCCAAAAGAAGAGGGGAAAACACUUGAUGAAAAAAAGCAAGAAGCUGAUAAGAAUUCAGAUGAAGUGGUGAUUAUCUGCAGAACAGCACCUCCUGAAUGUGAGGAGAGACAAAAGGUCAGCAGUGAGGUGCCAGAGCAGAGUGUAGAAUUGGUGUCAUCCUCAGCCGUUAUAAGUGAGACACCAGCCCGUGCAGAUCGACCUUCUGCGGAUGAGGCAGAGGCGGCUGCUUCACAGAAGACGAGCAGCGUUGCUGAAAAUCGAAAUGAGCUCAAGUUGAUUGCUGAGCCGUUAGUCAAAGAGAUGGAUACAGAAGAUGACAAGAAAGAAAAUGAGACACAACCUGUUGCGGGCGCCAACCAGGAAACUAUUUCUGAGUCAAAGUGUGACAAAGAUGACACAACAGUGUUUGAUGGUGUGAAGAGCACAGCAUCAAAGAAAGAUGAAGCAGAGAGUGCGCCUGUAGCUCCCUUCCCAGUAGAAGAGCCUGAAAUCCAGGCUGUAGUUGCAAAACAAGAUGAAAGCCCAAAAGAAAUCUGUUUGGAGGAGAAAAAUGAAGCUGAAGCUCCGUCUCAGGAAAACAAGAGCAAUGAAGAUGCUUCUUCUGAGGUAAAAACGGAGGGGAGUUUAAAGGAGCCUGCAGUGAAAGAAGUGUUGACCCAAGAAGGCAUCCCAACUCCACCAUCAGACCUGGCAAAACUGGAAAGUUCUGUCCUUCCCAUUCUCAAGGCCCAGGGAGACCCAACAGAGGACAAUAAAACUGACUUUCUCAAUACUAGACGUAAAUUGGAGGUACUUCCUCUUUCACCUGAGUCACCCAGUUCAGAAGAGGACACUAAACUCCAGAAGACUGGAGUGAAUGGCACAGCAAAGAAAAAGCUUCUUGUGCCCAUGGAUGUCAGAGCAGAUUCCUUGGAUGAUAGCAGUGAGAGCUUUGGAAAAGAUAGCCCAAUAUCAGGUGAUGAAGAGGAAUUUAUCAGAAAACAGAUUAUAGAAAUGAGUGAAAAUGAGGACGCGUCACCAUCAGAUGAAGAAAACCUCAUCAGACGAAAGAUCAGGGAGGAUGAGAAGAAACGAACGGACCAAAUAAAAACUGAAACAGUUGAGAAGAGCACAACGGCAAAAACUAGACGACUUACAAAGAAAACCACCAUAAGCCCAGAUGAUGACGAUAAAGGGCAUUCUAUUUCAUUGGAUAAGCCUGACACAGAAAAAGAGAAGGAACUGGAACCGAAAGGAGAAGAGCAGCAAAGUGGCACUGCAGUCCGUAAGUUCCAAGAAAUAGAGUUGAAUACAACCAGCAGCCCCAUUCGUAUACCUAAUACUGACGGAGAACCUGAAAUGGAAAGUCUCACAGACUCUCCAGAUGAUAAGUCCAAGGGCGAAGGGUCAUCUAGUCUACAUGCAUCAAGUUUCACUCCUGGAACAUCCCCAACAUCUCUCUCAUCAUUGGAUGAAGAUAGUGACAGCAGUAGUCCGGGCCAUAUCCGUACAGGUGAGGGAAAACAGCACAGAAAGGCCAAACACAGACAGACUGGUCAAAUGCUGCCUACUAUUGAAGAUUCCUCAGAGGAAGAAGAGUUACGAGAAGAGGAAGAACUGCUUAGGGAGCAAGAGAAACAGAAGGGAUCAGGGAAAAAGUCAAAAAAAGACAAAGAUGAGAUUCGAGCUCAAAGGAGACGAGAGCAUCAAAAGACGCCACCAAGUAACCUUUCUCCAAUUGAAGAUGCCUCACCAACAGAAGAACAGAGGCAAGAAGCGGAAAUGGAGGAAAUCAGACGAUCAUCUUGCUCUGAUUUUUCCCCAAGUAUAGAGUCUGAUCCAGAAGGCUUUGAAGUUCAUGCUGCAAAGAUUGCAGCAGUUCAGAAAAAAUAUCAACUACCUACUUCAGAAUCCCUCCAUUCUCCAACAGAAGAUCAAAACAGUGACAAACUUCAGAAAAAAACUCUCAAAUCUGCUGAUGAAGUCUAUGAGGAAAUCAUGCUGAGGGCUAAGUCUCCAAUUCUUGAUGAAAGUGAGUGUCAACUCAAAAAAGAGUUCAUUCAUGAAGGUAUUUUAAUUGAAGACUAUGCCUUCACAUCUACUGUGGACCGUACAGUGACUGCUUUAGAAGAGCAACAGAAAAUAUCUGUUCCUCCUCAGCCCAAACCGCUGAGAUCCCCAGAUGAAGUUUAUGAAGACAUGAUGAAGAAGAGAAAAGAGUUCAGGCAACUGGAACAAGAAUACCAAAAUAUGCAGCCAAAAAAAGAGAACACCAACCCAGAAAUAGUGCUACAACCAGCUGAGAACAUAGUCUCGAAAAGCAGCACAGAGACACUCAACAAAGAUGGGAAGCCAUUAUUAGAUGCUGAAUCUGCCUAUGAGGAGUUAAUGAAAAAAGUCUUGACUCCUGGAACAAGUCCAACUCAACUUGAGCCAGAAGGAUGUUCAACAGUUUCAAGGAAGGCACUUCAUCCAAUUCCAGACUUAAAAGUGACACAGUGCUCCUCUGGAGAGCUGUCCUCUGAUGAUGAGACUCUAGUUAAAAAGGAGGAGGAGAAAAAAGCAGAUAUAACAUCAACUGAAGAAACACAAUCUUUGAAAGAAGUUCCUGAGUCCAUGCCAUUGUCAACAUCAGAUCAGGAACCUCAAACCACAGUAUUGCAGGAAGAUGCAGUAGUCUUAUCUAGUACAUUACCAAAAACCUCAGCUGCUGUGAUUGCCAGUGUUUCACCCUUACCCACAGUCCCACAAUAUACACCCAGUACACCCAGUAUAGUGUCAACAGCCCCACCAGUUCCUCCUAAGCCAAAUGUCUUGCGCAGGGGUACCUCUCAGGAAAAAGAAGAACCUUUUUUACCACUUGCCCCUCCUCCCACUCCACCAAAACCCACAGUUUUUCCAAGGAAAGCCCCAGUUCCACUUCCACCUCAGGCUUCAGCAACUUCAACAAGAUCAGAACCAGUGGCUAUGACUAUGCCCCAAGGAUCACCUGUGAGACAGGCAGUUACUCCAACAUACAAACCUCACCAUCCCCCACCUGUUCCUCCAAAGCCACAAAUUCCUGCUGGAAUUGCGGACAGUCACAAACCAGGACAUGGAGUCAAACCUCCAAUUGCACCAAAGCCGGCCUCACAGUCAUCUUCCCCUGCCCAUGCCCCACAUCCACCAAGACCAACUGUACUUCCCACUGCUAAUUAUGAAACAGUUUUGAAUUUGAGCCCCUCCACAGAAAGCAAGGCAUUUCAUCCCUCACCAAAAUCUCCUUCGUCUCCUAGACAUGCCAGCAAUAUACGUGAUACUUAUGUGGUCAUUACGUUGCCAUCCCAGCCUAGCUCUCCAGUAGAUAAUCUAACAACUCAAGCACCCUCCAGUCCUGGGCUAGCAUCUUUUUCAUAUAAACCUGACUCUGAUAGUUAUUCUCAACCACAGCCUGUGUCAUAUUCACAGCACUAUCCAAUGUCAGCUCAAUCUCACUCAACUAAAGUGCCUCUGGCUUACACACGUGUUACAGAAUCCAUUGAAAGUCAAGAGAUAUGUAGCCCAGAAAAACGUGUAUCUAGUUCCUGUCAUAUAAUUGAGGCUAUAUCUGCUUCAGCACAGCCACCAGUGGGUAUACCAAAUCUUAUUUCUCAAAUGGUCACUACAGAAGUUCAAAGAACCACCGUCUCUGUUGUUCAUGAAAGAGCACCACCACAGGUGUCAGAACCAAGGGCCAAUGGUGUUCCCAUCUCAACAGAAAAACCCAAAAGCCAGUUGCCAGGCCAAAAUGGACAAAUUCAAUCUUCCGAGGUUGUUGAUCUUAGGACUGCGAAGGUGGACUCUGAGUCAGUUGUCAACGGAGUUGAUUUGACAACUGGGCAAGAUGUGCAUCGUCAGUCUAUUGUGGGUGAAGUCAGUCGUCACAGCAGUGCUGUACAGUCACCGGUGGUCAACCUCAGCACUGAAUCUUCAACUGUCUCUAUAGUGACGGACAGCAUUACUAUUGUGACAUGUUCUGCAACAAUCCAGCGAUGUGACAAUGCAGACAUUUAUCAAGUGUCUUCAGUGCCACUUCAGUUAACCAAAAACAAGGCUUUUGAACCUGUUUCUCAAAUUAUCUAUCGGCCAAUUGAUUCUCAGCCAAGUAUGCUUGCUACAGCAGAAAUUCCAAUUAAUCUUUCAGUUGGAUCGAUUACAAGUGGAGGAAGUUUCCAGGCUACUCCCGUAACUAUUGCUCCAGCUUUAGUUGCAAGCUGUGCUGCCAAUGGAUUAACUACAGGUACAGCAACAGUUGCUGGAGCUGUUGAUCUUAGCACAACAAAGCAUUUCAAUACUGCAGUAUCAGUAGAUUCUAUCUCUACAGAUGUGGUUACAUCGGUGAUAACAGAUGAUGGGAAGCCAGUGGAUCUCACAGCAGGAAAAAGAACUGUAUGCUGUGACGUUGUGUACAAGCUCCCAUUUGCAGGAAGCUGUACUACCCAACAACCCACCACACCUUUGCCUGAGGAUCGGUUUGGCUAUCGUGAUGACCACUAUCAGUAUGACCGCUCAUCUUACGGAAUGAAAGGAUUUGGUGGAAUUAAACCCUCUAUGUCAGACACCAACCUUGCAGAAGCCGGGCUGUUUAUGUACAAGAGUAAACACAGCUACAAUUUCAGUGGCACAACAGAAGGUGCUAUAGAUCUUACCUCAGCAAAGAUUUCUGAUGCAGGUGAAGCUGUUGACUACUCCAAGAAAGGAGCAAACGCCGGAAUGAUAAUUCCCCCUUUUUCCCAAACCAGAGUCACAAGUGGUGACACCACACUUUUCGGGAUGAGCAAUGUUUUGAGAUCCACAAAUGGAGUGGUCUAUUCUUCUGUUGCUGCACCAAUCCCAUCUACAUAUGCUAUCACUACCCAGCCUGGAUCCAUAUUUAGUACAUCAUACAACACUUUUUCGGGUAUGCACUCAAGUGAUACCAUGCCUUCCCUGUCCAAUCUCCAAAAUCUCCCGCUUACUCGAUCCCAGAGUUUUUUGUCCACCAUUUCUGGAACAGAAGAACAAAGAGAAUCUCCACUUAAUUUAGAGAUCUCAAGAGGAGUUGCCUCUACCGGCAGUGCAAUCACAAAAGUAGCAUCUUUAUCCCUUGACACCUACACUGAUGCUUCGCUUGAAGCUAUUGCUGCUUCUCUAGAGGCUUUGUCUUCACCCAUGGUUCCUGGUGAUGACCAGUAUCUAGCAGAGCGGGAGAGGCUAGAAAUGGAGAAACUUAAGCAACAACGCCUGGCGGAGGAACUUGAAUGGGAGCGGCAUGAAAUACAACGCUUUCGUGAACAAGAACAACUACUAGUACAGAAAGAAUUGGAGGAGUUACAAAUCAUGAAGCAACAGAUUCUAACCCAGCAGGAAGACGAAAGACAGGCUCAUCUUAUGUUGCAGAAAGAAACCUAUGCCCAGCAACAGCAGCAACUUGAACAGAUUCAGAGACUCCAAGAACAGUUACGAAUUCAAUUGGAGGAGCAAAAGCUUCGUCAGAUGUACCCUGGUGGGGACAUACCAGGACAUGGAUUGCAAGAGGCAGUUGUCUUAGGGCCUGAUGGCACAGUACUUUCCCGAAAGAUCACUGAUAGUGGGUGCCAGACAGAUGAGGAAGACGAGACUGUCAGCAAAGCAUAUACAGCAGGGAGAAAAAAGAGAAGUGCUAAAAAGAGUGUUGAUAGCUGUGUGCAGACUGAUGAUGAGGAUCAAGAGGAAUGGGAAGCACAGACUAGAAACAGGCAAAGUAGACCACGUACUGCCAGGGGUGAUAGGAUUGGGCAGUCAGAGAUAUCUCUUCAAGCGCAUACUGAAAUUUCUAUACAAACAGAUACAGAGGGAAAUAUUUUAAUGGAUGCCAGGAUGGAAGUGUCUGACUCUGAAAGGUCAUCACCUAAGAAAAGACCUACGCCCUUAGAAAUAGCCCAAUCUACCAAACUCAAACCAGAUAGUUCUAACCUCCAAGCCCCUCCCAAAUCACCCAAAGUGCUUUAUUCACCCAUUUCCCCUUGUAUAUCUCCAAGUAAAUCUCUUGAAUUUGUUUCCUAUGAUAAGUCAUUGGGUGAUACAAGCCCACAGAUGCUAAGAGGAACCACUGAUCUAGCUAAAGCUUCCCCAGUUAGUCCUAAAGGACAAAAAUUAUUGCAGAGAUCCAUGUCUGAUCCCAAGCCCAUGAGUCCAACUGGAGAAGAAAGAGCAACAUCAGGCACCCAGUUUGAUGGCCACACAGGAAAAGCCUCAGCUGGUACACCAACAAGUAUGCAGAAGAAGGUGAAGAGGACGCUCCCAAAUCCACCAUCAGAGGAAGAAUCAACAACCAGUGGGCAGACAGCAUACAGCACUAGCUCUGCACGUCGAAGGCAAUGUCGGAAUUCCAACAUGGCACGUGCAAAGAUCUUACAAGACAUAGAUCGUGAGCUGGAUUUGGUGGAGCGUGAGUCUUCGAAACUCCGCAAAAGACAAGCUGAACUGGAUGAAGAAGAGAAAGAAAUUGAUGCUAAGCUCAGAUAUUUGGAAAUGGGGAUCAAUCGUAGAAAAGACGUAUUGCUGAAGGAAAGAGAGAAGAGGGAAAGGGCCUACCUUCAGAGUGUUGCAGAGGACAGAGACUACAUGUCUGACAGUGAAGUUAGUAAUAUCAGAGAGAUUAGAGGUGGGCACGGAGCUGGUGAGGAUGAGGAAAUUGAAGGUCAUGGUCUUGAACGCCCGAGGACAGCUCCUCAGUCAGAGCUGGAUGACUUUGUUCCACCUCAGACAAAGCAUGAGUAUGAAAAAUACUCUCAAUAUCAAUACCCUCAAAGCCAGUACCAGCAUUCUAUCUAUCAGACUCCACAGUCUUAUCCAUCUCAUUCUAUUUAUUCUUCUGUCCCAUCCCUCACAAGCUCACAGCAACAGAGUUACCAGCAGAUGCUUUUGUUGCAACAAAAAGCUGCAAGACAAGCGGCCCUCCUCUCAGAGCUAGAUGCAACUAAAUACGACGUCAUUAGCCGCCAACCUGAUCCUACAUCAUCAGCCUACCUAGGUGUAAAAUAUGACAAAUAUGGCAACCACCUCGAUCUCAGGGCCUUAGAAGUGGGAAGUAUAGCGGGCAGCCCAAUGUCAGCUGUUUCUGAUUCCUAUUACACAGAUGUAGACCACCAUACACCUCGAAGUUACAUGCUUUUGGAAGACGCUGCAGAACUAGGCAAGACCCCAACAAGUCUUUCCUCUUCAUACAGCCUCGCUGAGAGAGAGCUGGCUAAGGCAGAGAAGCUGUUGCGACGAAGUGCUGCAGAUUUAGGAUCAACUGACUAUUUGGGCUCUACCUCGAGGCUUCAUGCCUUUGGAAAGACACCCGAUGAAGAAGAUACAAUGGAAGAGCCCUAUGAACUCAAGCUUUUGAAGCAACAGCUCAAACAAGAGUUCAGAAGAAGUACUGGAGGAACAGAAAACUUGGAACAAAUGACUGGUCUCUCCCAGCAUUACUAUACUCCAAGCUCUGGCAUAUCUAGCUACUCCCAAAGACAUUACCCUAAAUCUGAGAAGUACAGCAUAAGUCGACUUACUCUAGAGAAGCAGGCGGCAAAACAGCUUCCGACAUCUAUGUUGUACCAAAAACAGAAGACACCUCUACUUGAUCCAAAACUCUCUUCAAAGUAUUCCUCUAUCUCAGACAGUCGAGCUUUAGAGACUGACUAUACCAGCUACCUGGGAUCUUCUAGUGCAUCCCCAAGAACUAGUCGGUUAAUGCAGGAUGAAAUUACGUUUGGCCUCCGUAAGAAUAUUGCUGAACAGCAAAAGUAUCUUGGAUCCACUUUGGGGGCCAAUUUGGCUGGUUCACUAAACUUGGGCCAGAGCUUGGGUUUGGACUCUGCUUAUCCUAGUGGUAGUCGCUCAAGACCCUCUUCCAGGCCAACGUCGUGCUAUGGCUUAGACUUAUCUAUUAAAAGGGACCUUUCCAGCUCUUCGCUGAGGCUCAAAGGAGAUGGAGAAACAUCUGGAGAUGGUUUAAGUUAUCAAACCCCUUCUGGUCGCACUAAACCCACAAGCCUUCCCAUUGUACAAAGUGGCCGUGGCCGAAUACCCAUUGUAGCACAGAACUCAGAAGAAGAGAGUCCGUUAAGCCCUGUUGGACAGCCUAUGGGCAUGGCCCGUGCAUCAGCAGGACCUUUGCCUCCAAUCUCAGCUGAUUCAAGGGACCAGUUUGGGUCAUGCCUAUCCUUACAGGAUUCUCAGCAACAGCAACAUAUCAGGGAAGAACCAACAAGGGGCAGAGGUUAUGCAAUACUGGAUGAUCUUCAGGGCACAAUGUCAGAUAGCGAAGCCCUAAGUGAAUCCAUGCUGGCUUUGAACAGAGAUGAUGCAACCAAUGCCUACCAUCUUAGACGAGAAGAAACAGACUGGUUUGAAAAGCCAAGGGAUGGACGAACAGAGAAUGGAAAGGAAAAGAGACAGGGAAAAGGUCCGUAUUACCCGUUCCCUCACCUCAGGGUCAAACUGCAGAGGGAUCCCAAAGACCGCACUGUCUCAGGAAAUGGUCUGGGUAUCCGUGUGGUCGGAGGAAAAGAGGUUCCCGGGAGUAAUGGAGAAAUUGGAGCUUAUGUUGCCAAAGUUCUGCCCGGUGGAGCUGCAGAACAAACGGGAAAGAUUCUUGAAGGAAUGCAAGUCCUGGAGUGGAAUGGCGUUUUUCUGACGGGGAAAACCUAUGAGGAAGUACAAGGGCUUGUUGGGCAAUUGUGUAAUGAGGCAGAAGUGUGCGUCAGACUUGACCUCAACAUGCUGACUGAGUCUGAGGGUUCCCAACACCUGGACUUUCAGGAACACAGCAAAGGUGAGAGACCGCCCAGGUCUCCAGGUGUUGAUCCGAAACAGCUGGCGGCUGAGCUGCAGAAAGUUUCCCAGCAGCAGGCUCCUUCAUCCACGUCUUCAUCCAGCCUACCCGCCCCCACUUCCGCAACUUCCAGCCCCGGUCAGCCAGGCUCCCCCUCCAUCAGCAAAAAACGCCACAGCAGCAAGACUGCAGAGGGAAUGAAGAUCCAGUCCCAUCCUGUUUCUGGAGAGAUCCAGCUCCAAAUCCACUAUGACAAGCAGCUCGGCAACUUGAUUGUUCACGUGCUGCAGGCCAGAAACCUUGCGCCGCGGGACAACAACGGCUACUCUGACCCAUUUGUAAAAGUCUAUCUCCUACCGGGUAGAGGUCAGGUCAUGGUUGUCCAGAAUGCAAGCGCCGAGAACAAGAGGAAAUCCAAACACGCAGGAAAGAGUCUCAACCCUGAGUGGAACCAAACGGUCAUCUAUAAGAACAUCCAUUUGGAGCAGCUGAGGAAGAAGACUCUGGAGGUGAGCGUCUGGGACUAUGACAAGGGCUCAUCCAAUGAUUUCCUCGGAGAGGUACUUAUCAACCUUUCGGAUACCUCCCAGCUGGACAAUAUCCCUAGAUGGAUCCCCCUCAAGGAGCAGAGCGAGGGGGAUCACCACAGACGCUCCCACUCAGGCCAGGGCCGACACGGCUCCUCCAAACCUUCAUCGCAGCACUCUUCUCCGAAAACCACCGCCUCUGUGCAUGAUAAUCAGGACUCCCCUAAAUCAUCCGUCACCAAAAGCCGAAGCCAUGGGAUCUUUCCAGAUCCAGCCAAGGGCCAAAGAGCCCACUUCCCACUCAGACACCAGAGACACAGCGUUGUGGGUGUGCUCACCCUUCAGAGGGCCCAAUCUGAUUGGCUGCCUGCCCUGCCAUCGAUUGUGUCAGCCAAAGGGAGCAGAGCAGACGGCAGACACCUGACCCUCAGGAAAGCUGUGUCAGAAGAGAGGCAGCGGAGCACCGGAGCGCGCUCCAGCUACAGGUCUGGGGAUGCUCCGGUUACAGCAGCCUCAUUAGACAGUGGACUGAGUGGAAGUGCUUACAGUCUACUGGAUGAAGAGGAAGAGGCAAAUGAGGUGGACAGUGCCAUCUUCCAGGUGCCCCGAUUGGGAAAAAUCCCAAACGGAACAGAUGUGAUGUCAUCAUCAACAGUACACAGUGAUGCUGAAGGUAAAACUCAGGUAAUGGGGGAGAUUAAAAUCGCCCUGAAGAAGGAGAUGAAGACAGAGGGGGAACACCUGAUCCUCGAGAUCCUUCAAUGCCGCAACAUCACUUAUAAGUUUAAGACUCCAGACCACCUGCCUGAUCUCUAUGUAAAGUUGUAUGUGGUGAACAUCGCCACCCAGAAGAGGAUCAUCAAGAAGAAGACUAGAGUGUGUCGUCACGACCGGGAGCCAUCCUUCAACGAAUCGUUCCGCUUCUGUAUGAACCCAACCGGACACUCACUGCAGCUCUUCUUGGUGUCAAACGGUGGCAAGUUUGUGAAGAAGACUCUCAUCGGAGAGGCUUAUGUGUGGCUGGAUAAAAUUGACCUACGCAAACGCGUGGUGAGCUGGCACAAGCUGCUCGCCAGCACCGCCCAGAUCCACUCCUAGAGGGGGCAAAUCAAAGGCGGGAACUGGAGGAAUUUGAACGGACAGGAGUCGGGUGGGAAGAGGAGAACGUGGGCUCUAUAUCUGGAUGUUUGGACUGAUUUUUCAGCCUUUCAGGAAGUUGAUAAGCGAUUACAAGGACUCAUGUUUACAGGAGGCAGGCCUCAUGAGAACACAAGUGCUGAGGUCAAAGGAUCAAAACCAGGUAUUACACGCUUUAACUCACAAACAUUCACCCACAGCAUCACUUCACACACAGAAGGAACUUUCAUUCCAGAAGAUACAGGGAACAGACACACUUGUACUUUCUAAUCAACUAGCUCAGAUGAUAAUGAUUCAAACGAAGGCACGUCAAUGCAGAACACUCUUGAUUUACAAAGCAUUUUGAGGAUGUUUUGAGUUCUGCCAUAGAGACUUUCUAUUUAUUUUUGUAUUAUAAUAUAUGUAUUCUUUCUUUUCUUUUCACCUAUUUAAAAAACCUUUGAAAAAAAAUCCCUUAAAGGAAACAGAUUUUCUAAUACACUACCUAGCAUUCCAGUUUAAAAGUAAAAAAUAUCUGCACGUUUUUGAUUUUAUUAGCAAAAAAAAAGAUUUAUUUAGAACUAUUUAAUUUAACGAAUAAGAAUUAUUAUUUGAUGAAAAAACAAUAAACAGGACAGUCAUUUUAAAUUGGAUAUUAUAUUGGAUAUUAUAAUGUGUGCUCAUAUCUGCUCUGCACAAUAAAAGACCCUUGUGGUUCACUUUGUAAAUAGUGAAGUGUCAUAGAUAGAGUAUAAAUAGAUACGUUUAUCACAGACAAUCGAGUCUUGAUGAUUGUGGCAUAAAAGUUUUCUUCCUUUCAUGGCGCCCCCGUAGAAUGUGAGAGCAUGUGAGAUUUCCACUCUGUCAGUCAGAGCAGUCGACUGAUCAACGCGCGCUACUGUGGUAUUUUGCACUUUUUCCCGCUUAGAAUGUAAAACUGCUCAAAGUGGAGACUUCUGUUCAGCUUUGGGGAAAGGGGGUGGGUUGAGAGGGGAAACCACGGCGACGUCAGGUGUGGCAGCGAACAAGACAAAUGUGCCAUGCGCGAGGAAACCCCCAUCGUCACCUGUAGAUACAAAACUGCUGUUACACAACUGUUUUAGCCUUCAUUCGAUGAUUUUGGUUGUCUGUUUUUCACUUUGAAGUGUCGAUGUUUUAUCUUUGAAGUGUCUUCAGAAAAGGGGCAUUUUUUGGGGGAAGAGUCAAGAGACACUGCUGCUGGUUCAUUCAAGACUUUCAAUUAAAAAGAUCAAUUAAUUACAGUACUCCAAGAAAUUGAGUGGUUUCUAUGCAACCUCCACUGCUCAGAGGUACAAGCUGCAUCUUGACUUAACCAAGAAAUGUGAUGGGAAACAUCAAGUUUGUUUUCUUGUCCUCCACUAAAUGAUUUUAAAAUGAUUUCCUUUUUUUUUUUUUUACUUGUGAUGUUGGAUUAUUUUAACACCUGCCAGACUAUUUCAUAUGUUGUAUCAUAUUUGUUUACAGUACACGUGUACAGAUUUCUUUUUAUACACAAUCUGUUGGUUGUUUACAACAUUUAGAUGGCUUGAAUAUCAAAAAUUGAGCUUCUUUUCUUGCCCUUGAACACAGAAAAAUGUUGAAUCAAGGUAAAAAAAACCAUUUUUGUGCACUCCCCACUUUAAAUAAAAAUAAAACCAGACACUGAAAUUGAAUAAGAUUCAGACUAAAGUGAUAGUAAUUCUGAGAUGUGUUUUUGAGUGUGUGCUUCUGUUCGGUUUGAGUUAAAGUUGUGCAUCAUAUCAUGUGUGAGUGUCCGUGUGUCCACUCCAAGUCCACGCGUGGCAUUUUCUCUACCGCAUAUGUCUUCAUUCAAGUGCUGUCUAAAGCGUUUAACUGUGUCGUAACACACAAGAACCUACACAUGAUCACACACACUGAUGCCACCAAUCUGUUUUCAACUUUGUAAAUACAUUGGGUUUUUUUAAUACUGGGAUUUGGGGAGAAAUAGGUCUUUUAGCAGUCAAAAAGUAAUAAUGAUAUUAAUCAAAAGGUGUUUGAUGAGUAAAAAGACAGAUUUUCCUUUAGAUUGCUGUACAGCAGAUGGACCAAAAUGAAGUGUGUCUCAAAAUUUCCCCGACCCUUUACACCAAACGUUUACCGGAGCCUGACACAGAACUCCUAGGAUCAAGAGAAUUCACACGUGCUCACACUGGAUGUUGCAUGUUUUGUUGGUGGUUCAUACUAUUUUUGUGUCCAGAUAUUAUUGCAGAAAAUAAAAUAAGCUGAGAAAGAGCUAGAGAAAGUUUUAGAGUAAAAAUAUCAUAGAUGGGGUAAGAGGGGGGGGGGGGUAUUUAAAGAAAAGCUAUAACUACUGAUGAUGUAUGCUGACUGUACAAAGAAUAUGCUCGUAAAACCUGUCUGGUUUUUCACUUGUAAAUUAAACAGAAAAAUUGAUUUAUUGUCAUGGUUUUGUGAUUGUACACAAGGAGAUAUUGAUGAAUUAUGCAAAAAUGUGCUGUAAAAAUGGCUGUUGGCCCAUGUCUAAAUAUUAAAUAUCAGUAUAAAGAAAAAA